ACCAAUCUUAUCUGAGGCUAUGAGGCUUUUCGGUGUUGCUACAAUUUGCCUAAUUUGUCUACCAUUUGGUCUAUCAGACUCAGUUUCAGUUGAUAACGGCUAGUUGGUGGGAGACGUUGCAUCCAAUAUUUGUACCACAACUCACUAUUCUCAAACCUCCUGAAAGAUCACGAGCCUCAACAUGUGUAAAUUAAUGUACCUGGUCGAGUUAUGAGUUCAUUUGGGCAAAGUUGAGUGCUGAUUCAUAUAACUGAAGCUUCGUUUCGGCAAGAAAUACGAAGAGCAGGCAACAAGUGAACAACAAUUUGUUUUUUCUUGAAUUUGCUUCGUUAUUUAAACAUUGGAAGAUACAGACUCAUAUGAAUGAUGACCCGAUCUAGCAGAGUUCUUCAGAUAAUCCCGAUCGUUCUGAGCGUUCUUCUUGCUAGCCAACUCGUCGUUCAGGCGGCAAAGAGCAGCUUCUGUUGUGAGGACUACUGCUACAGUCGCGAUAGACACCGUAGUCAGUCGAAACACUUCGCAACCAAAACUGCCUACGAAGUGGUUCGCGGUUCGGCUUCUAGCAAGGACCAUAUCGUGCCAAAUUGCACUCCGACCAAGUUUUGGCUGCUCAGUCGUCAUGGAACGAGACUGAUGGGAGAAAAGGAUAUCGCAUCUUUACCGCAGGCUCUGAACACCCUCCGCGACUUGGUUCUGGAUAACUACAAUAAGCGUCGUACGGCUCCAAACGUAGGCAGAUUGUGCACGGAAGAUUUGAAUUUACUUAGAUCAUGGCGCUGGGAUUCAAAUAUCACCACCGGUUACGGAUCUUUCCUCACUAACCAAGGUUGGAAUGAUUUGAAAUUUCUUGCUGGACGAGAAAAGGAUCGCUAUCCUGAGUUGUUCAACGGGACGUACGAUAAGCAACGAUAUUUGUUCCGCCAUACGAAUACGCAACGUACUGAAGCCAGCUUCAAAGCGUUUGUUGAAGGUCUGUUCGGAGAUGAAGCUUAUAAUUCCAUUGAUGCAACGUCAGACCCCAGUGACGAUACUUUACUAAAAGCGUACGAUUUCUGUCCGGCAUAUGAUGCUAAUAAGGACAAAAAUGACGAACCGAACUCGGAAGCGAGUAAGUUUUUACAAUCCCGUCUGUACAUACAGACUUUGUCAGAAAUAUCGAAACGUUUGGGAUUCGAUUACACUUUGAGCACCGAACAGGUUGAAGACCUGUGGGAUGCUUGCAGAUUCGAACAAGCUUGGCAUCCAUAUGAGAACAGCCCCUGGUGCAGUGUCUUCACAAAGAAUCAAGUGGAUGUUCUCGAGUACAAGGAGGAUCUCAAAUAUUACUACCAGAACAGCUAUGGAUACAAGGAGAGCUCCAAUUUGGCCUGCUUCACGGUAGCAGACAUGAUAACGCAGUUAGGCGGCGUAGAUGGACAACAAGUAAUUGCAUAUUUCACACAUGAGUCUAAGAUUCAAAUCUUUCUGGCUGCCUUGGGUGCCAAAAGGGAUAAAAAUGCACUUCGAGCGGAUAACUAUUUCUCAAUGAGGCAUCGUAAGUUCAAAUCGAGCGAGCUGACUCCGUUUGCGUCAAAUGUCGCAGUCGUCCGAUACCAGUGCAGCGAUCCGGUGGAACCUGUGAAAGUGAAGUUCUUCCUGAACGAGAAAGUCUUGAAAUUGGACUGGUGUCGAGGUGAGUUGUGCGAUUGGUCCAAAGUAGUUCGUUAUCUCGAGCGUUUCACCAGUGGAGAUUGUGCAACAAUGUACUGUAGCGGAAGUGACGCGUCAAAUGGGACAUUGGGUUAAAUGUUUUGUUAUUUUUUAUGUUUAUGAGACAAUACUGAUGCAUUAAAACCAAUUAUUUUAACAUCUUUAAAUUGGAAUAAGAGAUAGGGUGUCCGUCGGUAGAGAAAGUGUGGAAUUAUAAAAUACCAUAUAAGAGACCUUGAA